AUGGAGUCGUCAUCGGUGGGCUGCAACAACAUGGCGCCUCGACAAUUCCACGCCCGACACGAAGGCUCCAGCGAGGGUGAGCCGCCGUCUCAACACGGAGGCGAUAACGUCGCAGCUGCCGCUGACGUGGCGCCUACCUCCGGUCGCCCGUCGGAGAGCGCCCGGAGCACUUCGGGAACAGGAGGCGGAGAGCAGGUAACCCACCAGAUGACUCACUCGUACUCUCUCAGCGCCAUCCCUACGGAUCAAGGACACCGGGACAAGAAAAAGGCAUCUACCAGGUAUUCCUUGCCCACCGGUUACACCGAGGCCUCGUACCGCGGCGAGGAGUACGCCCAUAGACAGUCACCCAAGCAGCAGCAGCAACAGCAGCUCACUCCACACCAGAUGGACUCCCUACCUCGACCCUACCCUCCCCAGUCUAAGAGUUUCGGGUACACGACUAAAGACCUCUCGCGUUCCAUGGGGUCAACGGCGCUUCAGCGUGAGGACUCAUCCGGAGGGUGCGCUGCGGACAGUUUCAUGGCCAAGGGAGAGCCCGGGCGCGCUGUGCGCAUUGAUUACAAAGCCCAUGUCCCACACGGUCUCAGCCGCAGCUUGCCGAAGCAGUCCUACUUCCCGGAUCAUCAAGGCGAACGCAUGUACUACCCGUCGCGCAGCGCCGUGUGCCUCCAGGAUUUGCCCCAGAAGCAACAGUACGCACAGCCAUACUACACGCCACAGAUGCUCCGCAAGGCCGACAACGGCGGCAGGGUCGCCAGUUCAUCUUCAUUCAAACCCAAGCGAUUUGAUGAUCGGCAAGGUGAGCAGCAGCGCUACUACACCCCUUACUCGUCCGGGUACGUGUACCCCAUGGAGGCGUACGACGACGCUGAAUACCGCAAGCAGAUGGCGGCUUACACAGGGGAUCAGCGUUGGAUCUACAGUCACUACGCGGCGUAUCCUCAGCAGUACGCCGUGCACAUGAUGCAGGAAGCCAGCGGAAACGAGGCUUGUCGUGAAGCCGGGGACAACGUGGGCGUCAAAUCGUCGGGAGACUCCGGUGGCGAAGUCUCCAAGUAUGCGAAGCAGGCAGCCGAAGACGCCAGCUCGAUGUACGUCAUUGUUCGUGACGCCCAAACGGGCACAGACACUCCACUACCAGCGACAGCUGACGUCGGAGAGGAAUCUCCGCCUCCUUCGAAAGCGGUGGAGAUGCCCUUGCUUGGCAAAGACGCUGCUCGGCAGAAACAUGAAGAUUCGGAAUCGUCAACAUCCUCGUCGAGCGAUGAAGAUGAUGAUGAUGAGGAAGAAUCAUCGUCAUCGAGCUCUGAGUCUUCAUCCAGCUCGGCGUCCUCUGUGAAGAAAGGACGUGCCAAGGACUAUCUGACUUCCGAAGUCAAGCAGAGAAUCAUUGCCCAACGGCUGCAAGACCUUCAGAUUCAGCACCAGCAGCAGCUGAUGAACAUCACUCCCCAGGAGUACGCAAGUUAUCAGGAAGCCCUGCGUAUCUAUGAAAACUACUGUCAGAAAGUGCAGAAUCAGGAGCAUCAGCAGCAACUGAUGAUGCAGCAUCGUCAGCAACUACAGCAGCAGCAGAGCUUUAUCCAACAACAGUCCCUCCAGCAGCUGGCACAGCCGCAGCAACCACCCCCGCAACCGCCACCGCAACUUCCAUUGCAAAAGCCACCGCAAAAGCCACCGCAAAAGCCGCCGCCGCCGCCACAACUUCAGCAACAAGCUAGCCAGCCGCAGUUCUAUCAGCAGCAGAAGUUUGACCCGCGCGCCGGGGCCCUGCCGGAGAAGAAGAAAUCCGUGUACUUCACCGGUUCCGAAGGUGCGGGAGAAAUGGCAGCUCGCGUUCCGGGCGAGGGCUCCAGCAUUCGCUCGUUCCAGUCCCGCACCAGCAAUGACGUUGGCACUGGAGAAGCCAGCGUCGAUGACAGCCGCAGUCUGCUGUCGAGCAACACGAACAUGGGGACGCCGUUGUUGCGGCCCCUGGUGCCCGAACGAGCCGCGCGCACUGCCACGAAGGACAAGAUGGAGCACCUCUGUCUCGCCGUGAACGUGAUCCUUUUCAGCGUGCUGGCCGGGGUCGUGGCCGCUUUCAUUGUCCAGCAGGUGACCCAUGCCAUGUGA